AUGUCCUUCCCCUCCUCGAACGAGACGGCGAUUUCAGCUACCAGCGGCCUUCCAAGCUCUUCAACAAGCACAUCAUUGGGAAACGGGACUUUCACGACAGGAAACACCGUGCCUACACCAACCGACUCUUCGACCAGUAAUAUAACACUCGCUUCGGGUGAAAAUACUCUUCCCGCUCCAUCAUCCAGCACUCCUAUAGCAAAUGGGACAACGACGACAGACAGCUCCAAUAUCUCAUCGACAACCACUACGACGCUGCGAUCCACUACUACGAUCUGGGCCUUGCCUCCUUCUAAUCUCUCCUGUACCUAUGUAUCAGGCUCAAGUUGCAGUCCCUACAACAGCUCGAACUCAGCAUGGCCCACUGGGACACCCACUGAUGGUCCUCUGUGGACGAAUACUUCGUUGUCAGCUUUGGGAUAUACCUCGCCUCCAAUUGAGACGGACGCAUCGCCUAUUGUCGAAGGCACUGUGAUCACUCUCACGAUAGAAGCCACUCCACAGCCGAUUACGCCCUCCCCGAUCACUCCACCACCAGAGGAAAUCACUCUAACGGCCACCGUUCGGGGGAAACGCAAUCAUACCUCAUCUGUUACGAGCUCGGGACAAGCCAUGGGAUCUGCAAACAGCACAGGCUCUGUCAGCGAUUCAACAUGGCCAGCAGAGUCUGCACCGAUCACCAUGACAAUCGUGAUAGGGAGCAACAUGACCAGCAUUGUUUCGACGGGUCAACCAUUGACUCCACUGACAUCAUCUUCUCCUUCACCCAACAACUCGUCGUUGAUCUCGGCCAUAUCAAACUCAGCAGCACCGACAGGUUCGCAAUCCCAAGCCGCUUCUGAGACUUUUCCAAUAACAGCGAUAUCCUCGUCCACAACAUGGUCGGCCGGUGCCACAGCCUGGACAUCAAACUCUUCUGCCCUGCCUGUUUCCUCGCCAACUCUUAAUGGAACGGCUUCCAGCACAGGGGCGCCAGCUGACAACUCUACGUCAACGGGGAUAUUCAACGCUACUACAACGUCAUCAACAGUGAGUGGCGGCGCCUCGGGUUUUCCAGCAGCGAGUAUAACCUCGUCACCGUUCUGGAGCAAUACCACAAGCAGCGGCGGCCAACCGUGUUCCCUGACCCCAUCGUAUCUGUGGAGGGACUGGAACUGGACCACGCCCUUGGCUCCGACAGGCAGUGACGCUUCUAGCACGACGAAUGCGCCUGAGCCGACUGAACUAAGCACCGCGUCUAAUGCUACCACCAGCGAGACAUCACCGACUCCCUCGACAGCGACGUCGCCUUCCGCGGACAACGAUAACUCUACACUCAACUCCGCUGGUCCUCCCUCAGGUCUGAUGCCUAUAGCUGCUCCAUCAUCAUCAUCGACCGACCAGGAAACCAACGGCACGGCAACCCCAACCACGGGAGAUUGGUUUGCAAUGAGCACCCAGAGCGACGGAGGUGUCCUGACGACGUUCGUGACUCAUUUCGGUCCCGUACAGUCGGUCUCCGAACCUGCCGACAAGCCCUCAGUUGCGGGCGUGGGUCCUCCUCCAUCGUCGUCUGCGUUGCCGUUGCCGUCGGCGAGACACCAUGUCGUCGUCCGUCCAAAGAGGAUGGCGACUUGGGCAAAGAUGGACGAGGCCUGA